AUGUCUUGUUUUCGAUCAGAAGAAUCUAGAGAACAACAACGAAUAAGUCGAGAAAUUGAACGUCAGUUACAUAAAGAUAAGAAUACAGGGAGAAAAGAAGUGAAAUUAUUAUUACUUGGGACAGGAGAAUCCGGUAAAAGUACUUUUGUAAAACAAAUGCGAAUUAUACAUGGAGCUGGCUAUACAGACAUGGAAAAAUAUGCUUUUAAAACUUUAGUAUAUCAGAAUAUCUUUCUAGCCAUGCAAACAAUGUGUGAUGCACUGUGUGCACUUUCAAUAGAAUUAGAAUAUCCUGUAAAUCAAGAAAAUAUGGAACUUAUCAUAAAAGUUGAUCUUGAAGAUUCUGUUGAACUGACACCUGAACGUAUCAAUGCUAUACGUCAGUUAUGGGCUGACCAAGGAAUGAAAGAGUGCUAUGAACGUAGAAGAGAAUUUCAAUUGUCCGACUCAUCGAAAUACUAUUUGAACAAUUUUGACAGAAUAGCUGAUCCAGAUUAUUUACCAAGUCUACAAGAUAUUUUACGUGUACGUGUACCAACAACUGGUAUAAUUGAAUACCCGUUCAAUUUGGAUUCUACGGUUUUCAGGAUUGUGGAUGUGGGCGGUCAAAGAUCAGAACGAAGAAAAUGGAUUCAUUCCUUUGAAAGUGUAACUUCUAUUAUAUUUUUAAGUGCAUUAAAUGAAUAUGAUCAAGUUCUUGUAGAAAAUAAAAAUGAGAUGAAAACUGUGUUAGAAAUUCUGUUCUAAUAUCAUCUUAUGUAAAACGUGC